AAGGUCAUGUGACAUGAAGGCGGAAGUUGUGGCAUCAACAGAAAGCUGGCAGCAAAGACAACACAAAUGGCUGUUAUCUUAUAUUUCUAACUCUGCUGUCUGUUCACGCUACAUGUUGGUAAUCUGUUAGUCAUGUCUUCGAGCCACGCGAAGGACCCUUCCUUCCUGGGAGGAAGGAUACCACCAGAAAUCGAGUCGAUGUCGAAAAACCUGAAGGAUGUGGACCAGGAGCUUUUCAGAAAAAUACUAAAAGCUGUGGUCAGUGCUUUGGAGGGGAAGGACUGCAGAGAGGUGAUGAAAUCGAUAGCAGAGAGCAGCGUCAUCCCUCAGGAGAGGCUCAGUCACAUCAUAGCUGGGAUGCACAGAGUUCUGUCUGAGGCCAUCCGCAUCCCAACGCCGUUACUGAAACAGGAGGCUUUUAAGGAAGAUCUACGAGAACUAAGGAUACCUGAAGACUUCAUCACAGAUUUCUGCAGUGUGGUUUUUGGAAAUCGCCGUGCAGUUCUAGAAGCAGCUGCUUCCCAGAAAGAUCCGCAACUUCCCACAGUAGCAGAUUUUAAAUGGAGAGUGGAUGUAGCCAUUUCUACAAGCUCUUUAGCCAGAGCCCUGCAGCCUUCUGUUCUAAUGCAGAUGAAACUAUCAGAUGGGAGUUUUCACCGCUUUGAGGUGCCCGUGUCAAAAUUCCAGGACCUUCGUUACAACGUGGCUUUGAUUCUCAAAGAAAUGAACGAUCUGGAGAAGAGGAGCAUUCUCAAGAUCCAAGACUGACGCACCAGCUAGUUAUUGAAGUAAACCGUUUCACUUCUGAGACACAGUUUUGUGCAGUUUUCUCAUACGAUAAUAUAAAAGAUGACAAUAACCUGCCUGUUAUGAUCUUAUGCUCUGAUGGUGUUGGCAUCCAACGUACCUGACUGUUGACGGAGUGCAAAAAGAUAACUUCAUGUAUCUCAACCUGCAUUUAAAAACAAAAUCAGACUCUUUUAAACUGUAAACUGUGCAUAUCUGCAUUUUCUAAUGCAGUGUUUGUUGGAUCUGAGACUCCUGAGAAAACUUUAGUGUGCCAAAAUAUAGCUGCGUACAACUGACCAAUUGGACCCUGUCACUUAAGCCCUAUUUCCAUUCAAAGUGCUCGCAACUUUGACUCCUUGAAAUUAUUGAACUACAAGGUUCUCUCAGACCAUUUGCUGUCUGUCUAAAGACCUACAAAGAUUCAGCAAUAAAAGUCAUUUUUUUUACAUGACUAGAGGUGGUUUUCCCUGCAGGACUCUUUGCAUGUUUUCCCACCAGCAGAACCUCACUGAGGGCUGUUUUGCGGUCAGAAAAAAAGUUACUUUUCAUAUUCAGAAAGAACAGCCCUCUCAGUGUCCUUGUUGCGUUUUCUCUGAAACAUCGCCAGCUUAAACGUAAAAUUCACCACAUGACCGAACCUAAAGAACCCUCUGUUUUUGUGUGUGUUGUGUGUUCAUGGAACUGGUGUCCAGUAGCUACUAUUUAUAGUUGUUCUGGUAAAUUCAGGGUGGAUGUUGCGUUAGAAGCCGUGGGCUGAUUACACACCUGUUUCUGUAAAUAUAUCGAACCUGUCCCGAGUUCCUGCAGUGCAAAACCGCCUUAUAGUGGAUCAAAUUAAAUCCAGUUGAGUCCGACUCUCCUGAGCAGAGACUUUUAGGGAACUCCCCUAAAAGUCUCUGAUUAGUCAUGAUUUCUUUCAAAGGUUUCUGGCCCUUUGAGAAAAUUCCUGCAGUGGAAAUGGUCCUUCUGUAGCCGUUUAAACUGGUGCCAUGUCAUAUGCGCUGUCAUUUGAGACUGAAUGAAUGGGUUCUUUUUACUAAUGUUUUUGUAUAUAGAAUUCAAACCAUAAUAACAUGAAACACAUUUACUUGUCUUUUGUGGUAUAGCCUCUUAAUCUGUGAGGUAACAUGCUGCUUUUAUGUGUGUUUUCCAUAUUAACAUCAAAACUUUGUCCUCUUGAGCCACAAUUCUGUAAUAAAAUCUGUCCAUUGCUGUA